AUGUGGGGCAUUCUAAGACAAACUCAGCAUCAAGGAAUGAAAUGUAAGAGAGGAAAAGAGAAGGUUCCUGCCAAAGAAGAGAACAUAAAGGCAACUAGGAAAAUUAGAAUUGUGUAUACUGACCCUGAUGCCACAGAUUACUCAAGUGAAGAAGAUUCUAAGUUGUUGAGCAAUGAUUAUCAGUUAAAUGGUUGCUCAAAGAGGGUUGUCAAGGAAAUUUUGGUUCCAUGCAUGCCAAGGAAAUUGCAAGAAGAGAAUUAUUCACAAGAUGUCAACUGUGAAAAGAUCAAAGCAAGUCCAAGUCCAUGCCAUUUUUCAAGUAGGAGGAUGAGGAAACCAUCAAGCAUGUACAAAGGUGUUCAACGUAGGAAAUGGGGGAAAUAUGUGGCAGAAAUUAGAGACCCUGUUCAAGGGGUCAGAGUGAGGCUUGGUACAUUUGAUACUGAAAAAGAGGCUGCUAUGGCUUAUGAGAGAAAGAAGAAUGAGUUUGAAAGGCAUUUGUUGGAUUCGAGCAAAAGGGAUGCAGUGACUUGUGACAGUUCCAAAGAAGUAUUGUUUCAUCCAUCUCCAUCGUCAGUGCUUGAUGUCAGCACUACAAAAGCUCCACUAGAUGUUAAUGACCUUAAUGAUUCGGUCAAAGAAAAUGUCAAUGUGGAAAAAGUUGGUGAAGGAGGAGGCAUUGAUGUUGAACCAGUUAAUAGUGAAGAUAAUUCAAUCCAACGUUUGCUGGAUGAGGCAGUUGUGCCAUCACUGUUUGGUCACGGUGAUCUCUAUUUGGAUGAAGUAGAGAAAGGGGGAAUGCUGCUUGGGAAUGACUUUUAUAAUUUCUUGGAAAAUGACAUGAAAGUUGGUUUUAUGUGGAAUGUGGAACAUGGGGAAGGUACUGUCCUUCCUCCUUUAGACAGUGCUUUUGACGAGUUAGCUUGGAUUGAUGAAACUCUAAAUUGGGAAAGCUCUUAA